AGUAACCCCAGCGGCGCGCCUCUGCCCUAACCUGCCCAGGGCAGGAAUCGCUUAUCAGCCCGAGAGGGCAAAAAGCAAAGAAGCGCAGCCCAGGCACCUGUGCCCCUGCUCCUCAGUAGUGCGUGCCAAGCUGCCAUGGAGAACUUCCCCCAGUCCGUCAGCAUCAACAUGCAGCCCUACGGCAGGAACAGGGCAGGCUCCCCAGCCACCGCCUUCGGCCCCACCAUCACCUCUUUUGUUCAGCCGGAGCCUGUCCCCAACCCCCAGGACUUUGUGCUCUGGUCCUUCUUCAACACCCUGUUUGGCAACUUCUUCUGCCUGGGCUUCGUUGCACUCAUCUUCUCCAUUAAGGUGAGCCAAAAGUCACCCCCCGUCCCACCACUCCUGUGCCUGGCUCGGGGGUCCCGCCUGCUGCCUGCCCCCAUGCCAGGGCUCCCUAAUCCCAUCUCUUCCUGGCUCAUCUUGUCCCACCCCACCGAAUCCCAUCCUGUCCCAUCUUGUCCCACCCCAUCUCACCCCGUCCCAUCUUGUCCCAAACUGCCCCAUCCCCACCUCGGUCCCCAUCUUCGCCCUCCCCAGGAGAUGCCCCCCCACUCCCUGCUGCCGCAUCCAGCCCCACCAUGCUGCUCUGCACCCAACGUCCCCAGCAAAGUCACCGUUCGAGGGCCGCCCGUCCUCCUUUGGUGCUUUGGGAAAGGGGGACCCGGGCAACGCAGUGGGUCCGGCUCUCCUCCCGCGGGCUCGAGCGAGCCCCGAACCGUCUCCCGCCAGUGGGGUAAGGUGGGCAGCCAGCUCCUGGCUCCCUCCCAUGGUGCUCCCGAAAUCAUGGCAAGGCUUCGCCCCUACCUGAGAUAAGA